AUGGGUCCUGACCUCCUGACAAUCACGAGGCUGGACUCCCCUUUGGCGGUCCUUGUCCUGCGGGGCACUACUGUCCGGCUGGUACAAGGCAGGCCAGGGAAAGGCCUUGCCCAGUUGGGACAUGGAACGAGCAGAAAGGAGGCCGGGAUUCCAGCUGGUGCCUUCCUUGUCCACCUGGAUUUUUCUGUAGCAGUCCAGGCCGUGUUUCCCCAACAGGUCCAUGUGCUCCAGGUUCCAGUGUUCCAAACCCAGACGGAGCUACCAACAUUGUACCUGUCCCUUGAGACCAGCUGCACAACAUGCCCACCUGGCCGUUACUGCCUCUCCGCUGGGCUCACAGCCCCCUCUGGGCCCUGCUCGGCUGGCUACUACUGCCUGCCUGGAGCCACCCUGCCUUCUCCCACAGGAAUGUACAACAAUCUCACUAGGCAAGCAAGUUGCUUCCCCUGCCCAGCUGGUUACUACUGCCUUGAAAAUACCACCAGCUUCAGUGGCUUCACAUGCCCACCUGGCUUCUACUGUCCUGAAGGAACCAGGUUUGCGACCGAGUUUCCCUGCCCCCGUGGUUAUUAUAACCCUGAUCCGAUGGCCCAGAGUCUGGACAGCUGCUUGCCCUGCCUCCCAGGGCACUACUGUGGGAAGGAAAACUUAACGGCUGUGUCUGGGAAGUGCGAAGCAGGUCUGUCUGCUCCGAGUGGGGAAUGUGCUGCUGGAUUUUAUUGCACAGGAGGAGCCUCUUCUCCCAAGCCACUGGAUGGGGUUACAGGAAACAUCUGCCCUCAAGGCACCUACUGCCCUGUGGGGUCUCCAGCACCCACCCUCUGCCCACCUGGCACCUUCUCAAACCUUCUAGGGCAAGGCUAUUACUGUGAUAACCGCCAGGGGCCUAUCAGUGACUUCACUCUCUACCCUUGCCCACGUGGCUAUUACUGCCCAGCGGGCACACAGUGGUCUGCACAGUACAGCUGCCCCAUGGGGACAUUUGGACCCAGGCAGAGGCUAAAGAAAAUCCAGGAAUGUCAAAGCUGCCCACCAGGAAAAUUUUGCUCAUCUCCUGGGCUGGCAGCUCCAACAGGGACCUACAGUUCUAACCAAGGGAUGAGCAGCCAUACAGACUGCAGAGUGUGUGACGGAGGGAAGUUCUGCCUGUACCACAAUUCAAGUGAUAUUACGGGGCAGUGUUGGGAAGGAUAUUACUGUACCCAGGGAUCAGAUCGGCCCAAUCCUGAGGCUCAGCUCAAUGGUCAUGCUGGCCCAUGUCCUUCAGGUCACUACUGUCCAAGGGGCACAGCUGUCCCCAAGCCGUGCCCUGUGGGGACAUUUGCUACUAGGACCAAGCUAAGCUCUGAGGCCGAGUGCUCCCCUUGCCUACCAGGGCACUACUGCAACGCCCCUGGUCUGGUAGCCCCGACAGGGCUGUGUGAAGAAGGAUCCUACUGCAUUCUGGGCGCCACAGUUCCCAACGCACCAGUUGUGGGCCAGAGUGGAGGCCCUUGCCCCAGAGGUUAUUUUUGCCCUCGGGGCACAGCUACUCCAUUGCCCUGCCCAGUGGGGUCGUAUAAUCCUUUAGAGAGACAAGCCACCUGCCUCCCCUGUCCUGGCGGGUAUUUUUGUCCCCAAAAUUCCUCCUCUUUGGCUGGGAGCAAAUGUCCAGUUGGCCAUUACUGCCCUUUGGCCUCUGUCUCAGCAACCCAGUUCCCAUGUCCCCAAGGGACUUACAAUGCAAAUACAGGAAUCAGCGAUGCCUCUUUCUGCAUAUCAUGUGAUCCAGGCCAUUACUGUGCCCUGCCGGGUCAGCCCCAUGUCACAGGUCCUUGCUCGGCAGGAUACUUCUGCACCACUGGGGCUUCCACCCCAACACCUACAAACAAACUGGCUGGAAAUAUAUGCCCAAAGGGGCAUUAUUGCCCAAAAGGAUCUGCCUUGCCCCGGCCCUGUCCCCAUGGUUUCUACAGCAACUCUACAGGAAACACCAAAAUUGAAGACUGCCUCCUGUGUCAUGCAGGAUAUUUUUGUGAUGGAACAGGGCUCACAUCCCCUACUGGUCUCUGUGCGCCUGGGUUCUACUGCAGUGAAGGAGCGGUUUCUUCAAGACCUGAGCUGAUCACAAGCAGAGGGGGACAGUGCCCACCUGGCCAUUACUGUGUGAUGGGGAGUGGAAGACCACAGCUGUGCCCAGCAGGAAGCUACAGCCCCUUCCGGGGCAUGGCCCAAUGUCUGGAAUGCCCAGAAGGUGUCUACUGUGAUGUUGGUUCUGCUAACUACACAAACUGCCCCGCAGGACACUUCUGCCCACGCAACACCAAGUUUGCCACUCAGUUCCCUUGUCCACGGGGGACCUACAGUGAGAUUCCGAACAUCAAGACUGUCUCUGAAUGCCAGCCAUGCCCUCCUGGAAAGUUUUGCUCCAAGCCAGGCUUGAUAAGCCCAGAUGGGAUAUGCAUGCCUGGAUGGUACUGCCCGCCUGGGUCAACAUCAGGCAAGCCGGCAUCCCCAGGAAACCACACUGGAUCUGCUACACAGGCUUCUGGUUUAAUCCGAAUGUGUCAAGCUGGAACAUUUUGUCCAGAGGGCUCUUCUGUUCCUAUCCCUUGCAGUCCAGGUUUUUACUGUGCCUCUUCAGAACUGGCUGCUCCAUCAGGCCCUUGUGAUGCAGGAUUCUACUGCACUGGGGCCUCCACUCUUCCCAACCCAACAGAUGGGGCAGUGGGAGAUAUUUGCCCCCGAGGCCAUGUCUGCCCCCAGGGAAGCUCUUCUCCCUUGCCAUGUCUUGCAGGCUCCUUUUUAGCCCACCGAGGGGGUACAUCACUGCAAAACUGCCGUCCCUGUGUGGCUGGUUGGUUCUGUUCUCUCCAAGGUCAAACUUCGCCGGAGGGUUUGUGCAUGGAAGGCUGGUUCUGCCCAGAGGGAUCAGUAUCUGACCAGAAUCCUGACUGCCUCUGUCCUCUUGGUCACUACUGUCCCACGGGCAGUCCGGAGCCCAAACCAUGCCCCCCUGGAAAAUAUCAGGAUGAAAUGGGCCAACGCCUGUGCAAAGCAUGUCCGGCAGGAAAGUUCUGUGACCCUGAUUUCCAAACACAGGAUCCCCAAGAUAACUCUCCAGGGGGUGUGGCCAAGCCACUUGACUGUCUGCCUGGAUACUACUGCCUCUUGGGGACAAAAACUGCCAGACAGUUCCCAUGCCCCGAUGGCACCUUCAGUAACCAGACAGGCCUGAGCAGCUCCAAGGAAUGCAAGCCCUGUCCUGGAGGCAAAUUCUGUGCAAAAGCAGGUCUUGUGACCCCUAGUGGCCCUUGUUUGCCCGGGUAUUACUGCACCCUGAAGGCACGGGUACCAAACCCUGUCCCAGAUGAAAGUGGAGACGUGUGCCCUGCAGGGCAUUUCUGCCCCUUGGGUAGCAGCAGCCCAACACCCUGCCCGAGUGGGACUCUUCUCCCCCAGUCUGGGAUGUUGUCCCACAAUGCCUGCUUGCCCUGCCCUGGAGGAAGUUUCUGCCAAGGAGAAGGGCUGUCCAGUGUUUCUGGAUUGUGCCAUGGCGGGUACUACUGUGAUAUGAUGUCCACACGCCCUGACCAGAAGCUCUGCCCCCCUGGAUUCUACUGCCCCAAAGGCACAGGGUCCCCACUUCCAUGCCCUGCAGGAAGCAUCAAUCCCCACAGCGGGAAAUGGGAUGCUACCGAUUGCAAACUCUGUCCAGCUGGGUAUUUCUGCAGUGGUCCAGGAAAGGCUGCUCCAGAAGGGGAGUGUUCCUCGGGUUACUAUUGCCCACCAGGACAAGCCUCGGCCACACCCACUUCCCACCGGUGCCCACGUGGAUUUUACUGCCUUCGGGGAUCCGUGGCUCCAGUGGCUUGCCAGAAAGGAACCUACCAGUCAGAGGAAGGGAACGAGUCAUGUGAUCUUUGCCCAGCAGGCUUCUUCUGUGAACCAUCCAACAAAAGUGCUGCUAUCCAGGCACCCAAGCCGUGCCCUCCUGGGCAUGUUUGCCCCCCUGGCACUACAUCUGGCACAGAACACCCCUGCUCCAGAGGUACAUAUGGACCCAAAGCUGGUGCUGCUGAAGAAUCUGACUGUGAGCCCUGCCCAGCUGGAAUGUAUUGCUCAUCUCCUGGACUGUCCCAACCAACUGGUCUUUGUCAUCAAGGCUACUAUUGCACUAGGGGAGCAGUCAACCCGACCCCCAUUAGGCACCGGGUGGAUUCUGUCAGCUUUCUCCUGACCGGGAAUGACAUUUGCCCACCUGGGCAUUUCUGCCCAAAUGGGACUGGAUAUCCCACCCCCUGCCCAUCUGGCUCCUUCUCCUCUUCUCUGGGUUUGAAGGCAGAAAGAGAGUGCCAGCCUUGCCCAGCAGGACUGUAUUGCAGCCACUCAGGGAUGUAUGAUCUGUCCCAGAUGGCGCCGUGUAAUGAAGGGUAUGUUUGCCUUGAGGGGAACUCUGCUCCUUGCCCCAGUGAUGGGAUCCAUGGGUACAGAUGCCCUAGAGGAUUCCACUGUCCUGAGGGCACUGGGCUGGAGAUUCCUUGUGAGCCUGGCAUGUUUAGUCCCAUGGUUGGGGCCAGCACCUGCCUCCCUUGCCCAGCUGGUACAACCUGCAGGUACGCUGCCACUGUGGAGCCACUCAGCUGCCCCAGAGGUUACUACUGUCCACCCAGGACUGCCAUCCCCUUGCCAUGUCCUGCUGGGACUCUGAGCACCCUGGAGGGGGCGGUCUCCUUCAAUGCAUGCAAGCCAUGCCCAGUUGGGAGGUACUGCAGUGGAAAUGCUAAUUGGGAACCUGAUGUGCACAAAGCACCCCUUUAG